AUGUCAUCACAAAACACUGGUGGACAGCGAGCAUUCGCUUUGAAACGAAAUAAAAUGACUGCAGCUGAUGUACGUCGACAUAUUAUGAUGGGAAGUUUGCUAUUGCAUCCACAGAAUGCUAUGCAAAUGGAUUCAAUAGAUAGUAGUACUCCUCAAACUAUUAAUUUAAUUGAAGUAGCUGAACCGCUGGAUGUGGAAGAUAUUUUGUCACAACGAAAAAGCAAUUCAUCUGUACAUGAGCAUAUUUCUAGUAACAGUAAUUUGAGAAGAGUAGCAGAAUUUCCGGUCGAUGAUAUUGAAGUACGUUUGGUACAUCGAGAUCAACUUACGGUUGAAUCACCGAUUCCAUCAAAUCUUUCAGGUGUCGAUUCACUUGUAAAUGAUAUAAUACAAACAUACAACGAUAGCUUUUCGCUAGUACAACGAAAAUAUCUUCAAUAUUCAAGCGGUGAAGCAUAUAUUCGAUUACUAAUGGAACGGCCAAUUAUUGCUCAGACUACUCCAAAACAAAUUUUUGAAGUGGAUUCAGAGCGACCUAUCGGACGAAGUGUUAGCACGGCAGGCGAGGAUCAGAUUGCAAAACGUGAUUCAUUCGGUUCACACUAUUCAUCCGAUUCAAUGUGUACUGUUGGUUCAUCAUCCGGUGGAACAAAUCGUGAUGAUAUUUUACGUGCACCUCAUCAGCUUCAUUCUUCUGCUAGUGACCCUACAGUGCCCGGUGUAGUGCAACGUAUUUCAAAUACACAACUUGAUCAAAUUAAUGAAGCUCGAAGACGAGCCCAUCGGCAAAAUGCAUUAAUUAGCUUACUUCCACCUCAGUCUGAAGCUGAUGUAAUUGAACGUCGAAGUCCAGCACCAUUCCCGGUUGAGCAUACCGGUCAGAAACUUUUUAUCAAAGUUUUGAAGUUACAACUUGAACCUUCGUUUGAACCCGUUUUUGGUACUAUUGUACUUUACGAUUUGAAAGAAAGACGAAAGAUAUCAGAGAAUUUCUAUUUUGAUUUAAAUGAUGAUUCACUUCGUGCAAUGAUUUCGCAGCACGCUGAUUGCGUGGAUGAUGCAAGUAAAUGUACACAAGCAAUUUUCAGUAUAAGUCAACCACUAAACGAUAUAUUUAUUGUCAUCAAGCUUGAAAAAGUAUUACAACCAUGCGAGGUAGCAGAUGCAUGUGAACCAUAUGUGAAAGAAGAUAAAAAUAAAGAACGAUUAAUGCAAAUGGCACAACAAUACUGUGAACGACUUGGUGCUUUUCGAAUGCCACUUGGAUGGUUUGCUAUUGACCUGAAUCAAAUCCUUAAUGGAUCAUAUCAUCCGGAUAAGACUGAACCGACAAUGAUUGCGAGCUCUGUUUCUGGACAGGAUAUAACCCAAGCUUCACCAACAACAUUAUUCGAUGUAGAAAGCAUUAUCAGUAUGGAUCGAAUAUCAACCUCAACAUCGGGAACAUUUCGCCGCGUAGGUAGCGGAACUUCAUCCGGUGCAGUCUUUGUAGGAGCGCAGCAAUCCCAAAAAAAUCGUACACCAUUGCAAAAACGUAAACUUUUCGGAGGACUUCAUCAAACUGUUUCGCAAAAUGAUGCAAUUACAACAGGAUCAGGUCUCGAAACUGAUUCAUUAUUGAAAGAUGGCGGAUCUCCAUUGACUUCCUUAUGUAAUCUGCAACCUCUGCUCCUCAGUCUUAAUUCGUUCUUCAGACAGGAAGCAGAACGUCUAACCGAUGAGGAUCUCUGCAAAAUGCUUGCGGAUUGUCGAAAAGGUGGUUCCAAAUUAGCUAGACUGAAAACAUUUCCAAUUACAUUCAAAAUGGAACUGUCAGGUGGAUGUGGCGAAUCUUUAAUGAGGUAA